AUGGUGGCCAGGGCCUUCGUGUUGCUGGCCCUCUUUGCAGAAGCCUCGGCGAAAUCAUGUACUCCAAAUAAAGCAGAUGUCAUUCUUGUGUUUUGUUACCCCAAGACCAUCAUCACUAAAAUCCCUGAGUGUCCCUACGGAUGGGAAGUACACCAGCUGGCACUCGGGGGGCUGUGUUACAAUGGGGUUCAUGAAGGUGGCUACUACCAGUUUGUCAUCCCAGAUCUGUCACCUAAGAACAAGUCCUACUGUGGAACUCAGUCAGAGUACAAGCCCCCCAUCUACCACUUCUACAGCCACAUCGUGUCCAACGACAGCACCGUGAUUGUGAAGAACCAGCCUGUCAACUACUCCUUCUCCUGCACCUAUCACUCCACCUACUUGGUGAACCAGGCUGCUUUUGACCAGAGAGUGGCCACUGUUCACGUCAAGAACGGGAGCAUGGGCACAUUUGAAAGCCAGUUGUCCCUCAACUUCUACACUAAUGCCAAGUUUUCUACCAAGAAAGAAGCUCCCUUCAUUCUGGAAACAUCCGAAAUUGGUUCAGAUCUGUUUGCAGGAGUAGAAGCUAAAGGCUUAAGCAUUCGGUUUAAAGUAGUCUUGAAUAGCUGUUGGGCCACCCCCUCGGCUGACUUCAUGUACCCCUUGCAAUGGCAGCUCAUCAAUAAGGGCUGCCCCACUGAUGAAACAGUCCUCGUGCACGAGAAUGGCAAGGACCACAGGGCAACUUUCCAAUUCAAUGCCUUCCGGUUCCAGAAUAUUCCCAAGCUAUCCAAGGUCUGGCUACACUGUGAGACAUUCAUCUGUGACAGCGAGAAGCUCUCCUGCCCAGUGAACUGUGACAAACGGAAGCGCAUGCUACGUGACCAGACAGGGGGUGUCCUGGUGGUGGAGCUGUCCCUGCGGAGUGGAGGGUUUUCUGGUCUCUGUGACUUCUCAGAUGUUCUUCUUCACCUCGUCCUGAUGCUGGGGACCUGGGCUGUGUUGUAGGAGAUG